AGGAAACAUGGCUAACAACGCAUACAGCGGGGUGAAGAACUCUGUGGCCGAGCCCAAUCACGAUGGAGAGUUCGGCUGCUCGCUUCAAGAUCUGCGCUCUCUCAUGGAACUGCGAGGGGCUGAAGCAUUACACAAAAUCCAGGAAUCUUAUGGGGACGUAAAUGGACUUUGCAGCAGACUGAAAACAUCGCCUGUAGAUGGAUUAAGUGGGCAGCCCUCAGAUAUUGAAAAAAGAAAUGUAGCAUUUGGACAGAACUUUAUACCUCCGAAAAAGCCAAAAACCUUUCUUCAGUUAGUAUGGGAAGCAUUACAAGACGUAACAUUGAUCAUUUUGGAAGUGGCAGCAAUAGUUUCUUUAGGCCUUUCUUUUUAUAAACCUCCGGAUUCUGAAAAUAAAGAUUGUGGGAAGGCAGCGGGUGGAACAGAGGAUGAAGGAGAAGCUGAGGCCGGAUGGAUAGAAGGAGCAGCUAUCCUUCUAUCUGUUGUUUGUGUGGUGCUUGUGACGGCCUUUAAUGACUGGAGCAAAGAGAAGCAGUUCCGUGGCUUACAGAGCCGCAUUGAACAAGAGCAGAAGUUUACGGUGGUUCGGGGGGGGCAAGUCAUUCCGAUCCCUGUGGCUGAGAUUGUCGUCGGGGACGUUGCACAAAUUAAAUACGGUGACCUCCUGCCUGCUGAUGGUGUUCUCAUCCAGGGGAACGACCUCAAAAUAGAUGAGAGCUCUUUAACUGGAGAGUCUGACCAUGUGAAGAAAUCGCUGGAGAAGGAUCCUAUGCUGCUGUCAGGUACUCAUGUCAUGGAGGGCUCUGGAAAAAUGCUCGUCACUGCUGUUGGAGUCAAUUCCCAAACUGGAAUCAUCUUCACGUUAUUGGGGGCAGGAGAAGAUGAUGAGGAUGAGGAGGAGAAGGAGAAGGAGAAGAAAGAGAAAAAGAAAGAGAAGAAAAAUAAGAAGCAGGAUGGCUCUGUGGAGAACAGAAAGAAAGCUAAAGCCCAGGAUGGUGCAGCAAUGGAGAUGCAGCCUCUAAACAGUGAAGAAGUGGCUGAGGGUGAGGAGAAGAGAAAAGCCAACUUGUCCAAGAAAGAGAAAUCAGUUUUGCAAGGGAAACUGACCAAAUUAGCGGUCCAAAUUGGAAAAGCAGGUCUAGUGAUGUCAGCCAUCACAGUGAUCAUCUUGGUGGUGCUGUUUGUGGUGGACACUUUCUGGAUCCAGGGACUUCCUUGGGAAAAAGAGUGCACUCCCAUUUAUGUCCAGUUCUUUGUCAAGUUCUUUAUCAUUGGUGUGACCGUGCUGGUGGUGGCUGUCCCAGAGGGUCUUCCGCUGGCUGUAACCAUCUCGCUGGCUUACUCUGUCAAAAAAAUGAUGAAAGACAAUAAUUUGGUGAGGCAUCUCGAUGCCUGUGAAACCAUGGGCAAUGCCACAGCCAUCUGUUCAGACAAGACCGGCACUCUGACUAUGAACCGGAUGAAAGUUGUUCAGGUUUUUAUCGCUGAUAAGCACUACAAGAAAGUCCCUGAGCCUGAUGUCAUUCCUGCCAGCACCAUAGACCUGCUCAUACUGGGCAUCAGUGUCAACUGUGCUUACACCACCAAAAUCAUGUCCCCCGAGAAGGAGGGAGGCCUGAAUCGUCAGGUGGGCAACAAAACUGAAUGUGCCUUGCUGGGCUUUGCCAUGGACUUGAAAAGAGAUUAUCAAGCAGUCCGCAAUGAAAUCCCUGAAGAGAAGCUUUACAAAGUCUACACCUUCAACUCUGUAAGGAAAUCCAUGAGUACGGUGCUAAAGAAUGCUGAUGGAAGCUACCGGAUGUUCAGCAAAGGAGCCUCUGAGAUUCUGCUGAAGAAGUGUUAUAAAAUCCUGACAGUGACGGGCGAGGCAAAGAUUUUUCGGCCCAGGGACAGAGAUGACAUGGUGAAGAGAGUGAUUGAACCAAUGGCCUCUGAGGGCUUGAGGACCAUCUGCCUGGCUUACAGGGACUUCCCUGCCUCCGAAGGUGAACCAGACUGGGAUAAUGAGAGCGAUAUCCUGACACGACUCACCUGUGUGUGUAUCGUGGGCAUUGAAGACCCAGUUAGACCAGAGGUCCCUGAUGCCAUUAAAAAGUGCCAGCGUGCUGGAGUCACGGUGCGCAUGGUAACCGGGGACAAUCUUAACACUGCCCGCGCUAUAGCAACUAAAUGUGGCAUCCUGCAGCCAGGAGAUGACUUCCUCUGCAUGGAAGGCAAAGAGUUCAACCGCCGGAUUCGUAAUGAAAAGGGAGAGAUUGAACAAGAGAGGAUUGACAAAAUAUGGCCUAAACUCCGGGUGCUGGCGAGAUCUUCUCCGACAGACAAGCAUACACUAGUCAAAGGUAUAAUUGACAGCACCGUUUUGGAGCGGAGGCAGGUUGUGGCGGUAACAGGCGACGGUACCAAUGAUGGCCCUGCCUUAAAAAAGGCUGAUGUUGGGUUUGCCAUGGGCAUUGCCGGCACAGACGUGGCUAAAGAAGCCUCCGAUAUCAUUCUCACUGACGACAACUUCAGCAGCAUCGUCAAGGCCGUAAUGUGGGGGCGGAACGUGUAUGACAGCAUUUCAAAAUUCCUUCAGUUCCAGCUCACUGUCAAUGUGGUGGCUGUGAUUGUGGCCUUCACUGGAGCUUGCAUCACACAGGACUCUCCUUUGAAAGCUGUACAGAUGUUAUGGGUAAAUCUGAUUAUGGACACAUUUGCCUCUUUGGCCUUGGCCACUGAACCCCCCACUGAAUCUCUUCUGCUGAGGAAGCCUUACGGCCGUAAUAAACCCCUCAUCUCCCGGACAAUGAUGAAGAACAUAUUGGGUCAUGCAGUCUACCAGCUCACCAUCAUCUUCACUCUACUUUUUGCUGGUGAAAAGAUAUUUGACAUCGACAGUGGACGUAACGCCCCUCUUCACGCUCCUCCCUCAGAGCACUACACCAUUGUCUUCAACACCUUUGUCAUGAUGCAGCUGUUUAAUGAAAUCAACGCCCGGAAGAUCCACGGAGAACGAAAUGUUUUUGAAGGCAUUUUCAACAAUCUGAUCUUUUGUACCAUCGUCUUUGGGACUUUUCUUAUUCAGAUUGUGAUAGUGCAAUUUGGAGGAAAGCCAUUCAGCUGUGUGGAGCUGAAUAUUGAGCAGUGGCUAUGGUGUGUCUUCUUAGGCUUUGGAUGUCUUCUGUGGGGACAGAUCAUCUCUUCGAUCCCUACGAGCCGGCUGAAGUUCCUGAAGAGUGCUGGUCAUGGAACGCAAAAGGAAGAAAUCCCAGAUGAGGAGUUGGAGGAGCUGGAUGACCUGGAGGAAAUUGACCAUGCUGAGCGAGAGCUCCGCAGGGGGCAGAUUCUCUGGUUCAGAGGGCUGAACCGCAUUCAGACUCAGAUCCGAGUGGUGAAUGCAUUCCGCAGCUCGCUGUCGCCCUAUGAGGGCCUGGAGAAGCCAGAGUCUCGCUCCUCCAUCCACAACUUCAUGACCCAUCCAGAGUUCCGGAUAGAGGACUCGGAGCCCCACAUCCCCCUCAUCGAUGACACUGAUGCGGAGGAUGAUGCCCCCACUAAGAGAAAUGCCACACCCACUCCUCCUCCCCCACCCUCACCCAAUCAGAACAAUAACGCCGUAGACAGCAGCAUCCACCUCUUCCUGGAUCCCAGCAUGCCAGCCACACUCUCAGCUCCAGGGAGUCCCAUGCACAGCCUAGAGACGUCCCUUUGAUCAGCUCCGCCCCUUGGUAUGACACACAACACCUGCUUGUCUCCACAGAGACUAAAGCCUGGAGAACUCGUUGGAUGCGAGGGGCGGAGCCAAGGAGCUCAGCUCUUAGCUUUUGCUUCUCUUCAUCUGGAUGUUGUACAUUUUGUUCUUUUUGCCCUUUUGCUUAUUCAAACACUGAUUUCUGAAUCAUUUGGCUGUUAAUAUUUUGAAUUAUUAUUUAUGUUUGUUUAUUUUUUGGAAGACACAGGUCUGUUUACAAAGUUUGUAGAUACUUUUUUUUUUUUUUCGUUGGUGGAAGAGCUUCCUGAUGCAGAGAAAUGGGGACAAAUGAA